AUCAAGUGAAAUGUCAAAUGUAGCUUGUUGAGGUAGAGAAAGUGAACGGUGUUUUCGUCGAAUUUAACUUCUGAAGUUCAUUAAAAUUUCGAUGUAAAAAUACGGACUUGAAACGUAGCGGCGACAUGUAAUUGAAAUUAAAAAUAAUAGAGUACUUUUUAAUUUUAUAUAAACUAAUAUUGGUUGAGGUUAUAAUUUCAAUUUAUAUCAAUUCGUCACCAUAGUUGUGCGCCAGCAGUAUAUUUAGUACCGGAAAGCUAUUAAACUAUCUUAUUACUGUUUUCAACAGUUCCAGACUAAAUAGAAGAAAAAUGGGCCUUAUAAUUUCAAGAUUUCGCCGCAAGAAAACAACAACAGAAAUACUCGAACGACUAGAAAACGAUAUAAAAAGCAUAGAAAGAGAUGGCCAAUACAAGGAGCAAACCCACAAACGCGUUAUAGGAUACGUUAUGGCGUAUUCAGUGGGUCUAUACGUGUUAUUUGCGGUCCUUUACUACUACAUGUACGUGGGGAGGAGUCAGUAUUGGUUGCAUUCGUUGCUGUAUGCCUCGCCUUUACUGGUUUUGCCCGUGCUUGUGAUAUUCUUACGGUCAUCAAUAUCCUGGUAUUAUAAUUGGAUGAUAAACAAGAACAGGAUGAAGUUAAGCAAAAUGAGGGAGGAUAAAAAGAAGAUAUUGGAAGAGGUGAUGAACACAGAGACAUAUAAGGUUGCCAAAGAAAUCCUUGACAAAUACGGAAGUCCAGACGACCAGUCGAAAUCGUUGAAGCCGUUCGUACCAACCCUGAACGUACCCGGUAAUCUUCCUAGUUCACCCCCAGGUAGAAUCCACUCAACACCGGGACAGUUAAGGCAGAGACAGCUAGCGUUGCAGACUUCGACGCCCAUACCGAAUAAAAUGAACAUGUUGGCUAUAAACAACACGCCGAAUGCUCUGUACAAAGGACCGCGUCUUAGAUCGGACCAGUUGCCCAGGCCACUGCUCGACAAGGACCGGUCUGCUCUCGACAAAGUGGUGGACUAUCUUCUCAAGGACGGACCGAAUCAUCGGAUGGCGCUGAUAUGCAGGGAAUGCUUCUCGCACAACGGCAUGGCGAUGGCCGAAGAGUACGAGUACGUGUCGUACGUGUGCGCGUACUGCGGGCGUCUCAACCCGGCGCGGAAGCAGAGGCCGGCCGCGCCGCUGCUGAGCCCGAAGGCGCUGCCGCCGGCCGUAAGGAGGAUGCACGGUGGAAGUGACGAUUCUUCGGUAGCCAGUUCCGGAAGUGAAAGCGAAGACGAGAAGAAUGGAGGAAAUCAUUGUAAUAAUUUUGAGAAAUCGAUGAGCGAGUCGGAUCGUCCCCCCUCCCCGGUUGAGGCGGACCCGAAAUCCGACGAAGAAAAAAAAGAAGACUGAAUCUAAUUAAAGUAUCAAGACUAUUCUCAUAUUUAUUCUACGUUUGUCCCUGUCUUGUGUGAGUUUACAUUAGAUAGAAGAUUAACAACGACUGUAGUCUUGAUCCUUUCUGUAUUUUUUUGCAGAAGAAUAUCAAGUAAAGUAUCAAGAUUUUACUCGUUAAUAUUGUUGUAAAUUCAUCCUCCUGUUCGUUGUAGUUAUUUAAUGUAAUUAAUAAAUAUAUACGAGGUUUAAUUUAGUAUUUAAAUCGACGUUAAAAUAUAUUGCUAUGUCCCAAAUAUCUUAGAAUUGAAGAAAAAAAUCUUAUCUAAUAAAUAAAUACAUAAUGUGACUGAAGUACUAACUAAAGAAGUUUGAGACAUGAAUUUCGUUCCCCGAAUUUUCUUGUCGUAUGAUUCUAAUAAAUAUUGUAAAUUUGGUUUAAAAAUAUAAAAUUUCACUUGGGUGGUUUUUGGGUACAUACAAAUGAUCAAAAUACCAAACGGCAUAUAUCUGUAACCAAUGUACUGUGAUUGUGGAUUGAAUCUGGGCCCGAAGUACAUUACCAGAGGCCACGAGAUGGUCAAGCUUGAAUUUGUUGUAACUAUACUGAGACCUUGGAACUUAUAUCUCAAGUUGGGUGGCGCAUUUACGUUGUAGAUGUCUAUGUGCUCCGUUAACCACUUAACACCAGGUAGGCUGUGUGCUCGUCCAACCAUCUCUCUCUCUUCGAUCGGUUCCUCACUGCUGAGGAUCGUGACUCUGUCCGAUUUCGUCAACCAACUGUCUCCAUCGAUCCCACCCUGCAGCCCGGUGGAGUGCGUCGCUGAUAGGUAUCCCCAGUUCCUCCGCUAUUUGGUCCGACCAUAUAAGCAAUAAAAUACUAGAUUAAACCUCGUACAUUACUAUAUAGGUACAUGUACUUCCAUUUCGAUACUCGAAAACUGGUCAAGAAUGUAAAGUAUCAAUUCUUUUGUUUCGUCCAACGUUGGGUUGCCUGUGACCAAACAUUUUCGUUUUGUUUUUAAAUAUCGAGUAUCGUAUCGAUUCGAUAUCCAAACGAUUUUUCUUUGAAACAUUACGCGUGCCUUUAAUUGAGCAAUAAAUUAGCUUUUUACGUCGCGAUUUAUCCAAAAUCGAUUAGGUGUUAGAAUCGAUUUUAUUGAUCGUCAAAAAAAAAGGAACGAUUUUUUUUGAUCGUCAUUUGUCACACGACCCUAUGAAAUACUAAACACCCGUUAAAACCGCAAAAUUCAUGAUUCAUUCAUGAAUAUUGAUUAAGGGCAAUUUGAACAAAAUGCAAUGUCGAAGUGAAAAGGCGAAAUUUGAAGCUAAAUUUCAAGUGAUCGUUUAUUUGAAACAAGACCUUCACAAUGGCGAACCGGCUGACUCUAUGCUUCCCAAAAUUCCUCUAAACCAACCUAUAUUAAUGUAAGGCUAUAAAAUAAACCUGUAAAUAACUUAUCAACUCUAUUAUACAACGAUUAGCCACGGAUGAUGUCACGCGUUGUGAUUCGUGUUAAAAAAAUGAUAGCGUUAUUAAAUCAUGUUUUGCUUUGACCGCUUCCCCGUGAACGUGAAUAAAUUGUCUAUUGGUUUUUUUAUUCAGUUUUAGCUCAAUUGCCUCUGAUAACACGGUCCAGUCACUUUUCUUAUUAUCCCUGCUCCUAUUUAAGUACCAUAAGCAUAUUGUUGGAGGGAUUUCAGUGCAAUCAACACGGACAGUACAACGCCAUCUAGUGACUAUGGGGUGCAACUGUUCUGACUCUACAAGUCACCGAUUCGCGCCCCAAACUAUCGAUGAAGAGAUACUUUUCUUUUGAUUUGAUUACAUUAACUGGCGUGUUACUUAACUUAUACAAUGCAAUAGUAUACGAUCUCAUGUGAUUCGAUCUGGAAAUAAAAGAUUUUAACGGAAGUCACCUCGAAAUUUUAAUAUAAAGGCCUAAAAAUAUUGAAUAGUGAGACAAGUUAUUGGUAUUCGCCUUGCCAAUCUAACGUUGGGAUCACGAAUUGUUUUCAAACUACCUUCAAUACGCUCGAAUUUGUCAUCUGAUGUUAGUUACGUCACAGUUCGCUAAAAUUCUUUCAUUUUAAUAUCUGAAGACGAGAAGUAACGUUCUAAUUAAAGUAAAAUCAAAUUGAUUCCUUUCUCGUUUGUAAACUCAUUCUCUCGACCACACCGGAGUCAUGUGUCUUUUGAAUGUUUGUCUCCCAGGUUCUAUCCUUUUUUUUUGUAUGUUAGGUAUAAAUAUAUCUAUAAAUAUCUUUUUCUUAGUCAGACACUCUUGUUAGGGUCGUCGGUUGUAGUUGCGCUGCUUUUUUGUUUUUCCUACCUACUCUAGUAACCUCGAGAGGUUAUGAUAGAUUCACAGAAUUAGUAGGUGAGCUCACGGGGCCCUAACCUCUUUUUUUUUUUCCUGGCCUGGGGCCGAACCUCCUACGAGGUCCCCGCGCAAAAGGGGCGCGCGGGCUAUGUGAGACUCAACGAUCUGCAUGGUGCUGUGAGCAGAUCGCGGGCCCAAGGGUUUUAGGGCCCACCCACUAAACGACUCCCCUGCUCUAACCUAACCUAACCUAACACUAGCCCCAGCAAGAGCAGUGCUUCACAGAGUCUACCAUUGGAUCGGAAACGCGACCCACAGAGAAGAUCCGCCGAGAAAGUAAUUGGGCUGUUGCGUUGCGUGGUUGCUUGGUCUGUAAAUAUUUUAGGUGUUUAAAUAAAUGUUUGUUCAGACUGAAAACUAAACGUCAAAAGCAGCUCUAGUUUAACUCGAUGGCGAGAAAAAUGAAAUCACAACAUCCAAGUCCGAUUUGCACGUUCAGGGUUGUCAAAUCAAAAUUUUUUUUUUAGAGUAACUAUGUUUUUGACAACCCUAUUUUACAUGAUCAAGAGCUUUAAGCUAAAUUCAUUCUAACAAACGAAACCUUUGUGUAAUAAACUUUGAUCACGUGAAACGUAUCAGCGGUAUCGAUAUGAACUAAUGAUGUACUAUUUAUCGAUUCCAAUGUUAUAAUAAUGUCUUCUUAACGACAAUUAAAACGCCAAUAAAAAGAUAUAAGUAAAUUAAUAAUGAAUUUUACGAUUGACUUAUACAAUACUCUAUUUAAGGCACUGCUGUGUUCAUUAAAAAUAUAUAUAUUAAUUAAUUACGUAUAAUAUCUAAAAUCAUGCUCAUCUUUUCCCCUACCUAACCGUUGGUAGACUAAGUGGUUAUUCCAACCGGUAGGUGAGCUCACGGGCUCAACUUCAGUGAAUUGAUAACACUAGCCUUAACAAGAGCAGUGCUUCGCUGAAUUUACUACCAGAUCGGAAUCGCGACCCACUGAGAAGAUCCGGCGAGAAACUCAGUGGUUAUGUUCAUUAAUCAACUAUAUAAUAGUUUUGUCAAUUGUUAAUGAAACGAUAAUGUUAAAUAUCCGUGUAAAUUUGUUUAAAAAUUUAGCGUCAAACCAAAAUAUCUUCGAAUUCGACAUAAGCUGGUUGCACCAGUUACAUCACGAUAGUGAUUUUGCGCUAGUUAAAUACGUUAAGAGCACGAUGAAGGUGUAAUGUAUGAAGAAUUUGCUAAUUUCCCUAGCGAUUGUCACUAAACCGUCCAUAUAAUCGACGCUUGAAAGGCAAAAGUGACUAAGCGACAAUAACUGCUUCGUACAUAAAUGAUAGGCAAUAACCAUAUUCGAUGCGCAAGAAAAAUAUAUUUCUAGGUCUAUUAAAAUAAUUUCAAUCCUACAGCUACUAGCUAGAUUCGACUACAGCUGGAUUCGUUAAAAUAAAUUUUGUUUUCAGGUAUUUCAACUUUAAAUUAGUCUACUGUAAAGUUCACGCAUUGUCGCUUAGUCACGUUUGCCUUUCAAGCGUCGAAUUAUGUUCUUUUUCUCGAAUCCUGCUAUCAAUUGGAGCUAUGUGAUUUUUUUAAGUGCAGAGCCAUAUGAAGGCAGAAGUUUAUUUCGUUUUAACGAGGCACCACUUUGCUAGCUCCAAACUGCACUGAAAACAUUUCAGUGGAUCGACUCGCGUUGAUACUUGGCACUUACAAGUAUCAAGAACAACUGGUUUCGUCCCGAGCGAACGAUACGCGAACGCAUACGAUACGAAUAAGCUAACGUUAAUUUUGUUUAUUAUAAGUUUAGAAUUCAGUCGUCAGACAGAUUCUGCUAUUUUGGAAAUUAAUCGCUAUUGUGUUGUUUCAAAUCCAAACUAAAAUCUAUAUGCUGGUGGUAGGACGUCUUGGGAGUCCGCACGGGUAGGUACCACCACCCCGCCUAUUUCCGCCGCGAAGCAGUAAUACGUUUCGGUUCGAAGGGUGGGGUAGCCGUUGUAACUAUACUGAGACCUUAGAACUUAUAUCUCUAGAUGGGUGGCGUAUUUACGUUGUAGAUGUCUAUGGGCUCCAGUAACCACUUAACAUCAGGUGGGCUGUGAGCUCGUCCAUCCAGCUAAGCAAUAAAAAUAUAUAUAUAUAUAUUUGAUAUAUUUAAUCGAUAUACUAAAAUAUCGAUAUUAACCACUACACUAAUAUAUUAUACUAUCUGAAUACUAAUAUCGUUUGCGGCGAAAUAAAAACAUUAAAUUAUACUCAAUCCACGCUUCUUUCUAGUCAAUUCGAAAAUCAUUCGUUGGUUUCAUCCUAUUUAAAUUUUGCAUUUAAGUGAGACAGAGAUGUCGAAAAAUUGGAUGAUUUCGUCAACUUUUUAAUUUUCAUGUUCCAAUUAAAUAAAAUUAAUUCCCUAGACAUUCCUUGAAUAUUAACAAUGCUCUGUGUAUAUUUAGACUUCACGUUUUGUGUUAAUUUAAUUUCUUUAUUAUAUUAUUUUAAGAAAAUAAAAAUAAUGUUUCUUCACUUCAUUAAAACAUUUCGUUUAAUAAAAAUAAAAACUUGACACUUAAAAUAAAUUAUGGUAUAUUUUUAUGAUUUAUCGUUUUUAAUACAGCUUAAUGCAUAUAUUUUGUUAAAAAUGAGACUUUAAUUUGUAAGUACAUAUAAAUUUGAAUGCUAAUAGGAGAUAAUAAAAAUGAAGCUUUUAUUAAACUUCAAAAAGCUUUGAAAACUGUCAAAAGAGGGAUUGUCGAGAAAUUGUCAUCUGUCAUAUUUUAAGGUUAGGUUAAGAUUUAAUAAAGACAAUGAAUUAUACGCUCGCAAUGUUCACAGUAAAAUAAAAUUUAUUGUUCGCUUUUCAAAUCUCUCGAUGCUUGUCUGCACAUUAUUUCCUAUUAGCGUUUCGUUGUAUUUUAUUUAAGAAAAAAAUCAUGAUCACGGAGUGGUUCAAAUGAAAUAAAAUUUUGAUACUUUUCGGUUUGGCUCGUUUGUCACGGUGUUUUGAAGACGAUAAAAAUUUGUUAAAAUAAUAGAAUUCUUAUGAUGUAUAUUUGAUCGUGAUGUUCGUUAUCGAUAAACCAGACUCUGUGCUAAACACUAAUAAUGUGUUUAUGUCCGAUCGCUUAGAUUGAAUAAUAUGGUUCUAGUUUUUUUAGUGAUGCGAAUCAUUAUUCGAAAUUGAAAGUUUAUCGAUAUCGAUUACGAUAGAAUCUGACGAAGGAGCGCUCUAAGAAUUCUCAUGUAUAUAGUGGGAGUCAAGUGAAUAGUGUUUGUUGAAUUUUGUUAUUUAUUGCUUUUAACGUUGAAUAUUAGCGAUUUUAUAACGAAACUAAUAAAUAAAAAAACUAUACAGUUCA